AUGAGUGAGUUUGUAUAAUUAGAUGAUGAGUAAAUCACUAAAUAUUAGACAUUUUACAAAAAACUUAGAAUAGAUAUGGAAAAAGCACAAUAGAAACUUAAAUAAUUAUAAACAAAACAAGAAGACUAUUAAGUUGUUUUAGAAUACAUAAAUAACAAUUAAGGAUAAUCUUAAAUGAAAAUGAAUGUUGGUGCGAAUACAUUCUUAGAUGUUGAAUUGUAAUACAACCAAUAGUAAUGAAUAGAGCAAAUCCAAAAUUAUUAACUUUAGAUGUGGGAAUGAAUAUCUUAGUUGAAUUGAAUUUUCCAGAAGCAGAGAAAAUAAUCGGAAAAUAACUUAUAAGUCUUGAAUAGAAAAUUGAGGAGCAAAAGAAAACAAUUCAAAGUAUUUAACAAUAUACAGAUUAAGUUGAAGAGAUAUUGUUAUAAUUUAAGUGA